CCUCAUGGACUUCGUUGACUCUGAUUCGGGUAUUAAACCACUACUCAUCACCGAUUGGGACGGCACCAUGAAGGACUACUGCUCUCAAUAUGCCACUAACCUCCAGCCGGUGUACAGUGCUGUAGUAAUGGGUAGAUUUGCCGAGCUAUUCACUAGAGCAACGGCAGUGCUAACUGCUGGACCACUUCGAGGUCCGGGAAUCUUAGACCUCACAGCUUUACCGAUCAAUGGACCUGUCUUGUUCAGUGGUUCAUGGGGUCGUGAAUGGUGGUUGCGAGGGAAGCGAGUCGUACACGAGGAUGGAAUCUCAGAAGCUGGUUUUGAUGCAAUUGGCAGACUUAGUGAUGAGAUGACCGAUCUCCUCGAGCGCAGCGACUUCGCGCAGUUUGCAUUGGUUGGAAGUGGUGUACAAAGAAAGGUGGAUCGCCUCACUCUUGGUGUACAAACUGUAUUUGGACAUAUACCUCUUGAACUAGUUGUGAAAUAUAUCGACGCUGUCAAAGAGAGAAUUCAUCGCGUGGACCCCAACAACACUAAUCUUGUCUUAGAGAAUUCUUCGCCUUUAGAGAUCGAAGUGUGCGCACAUAAUUCAGGAUCUGUAUGGAAUAAAGGGGAUGGCGUGGCUUCUUUAAUUGAGUCCCUUCACGAUACUUUGAAAAAGGGAAAAGUUCUAGUUUGCGGUGACACCACAAGCGACUUGCCGAUGUUACAACAUGCAAUUUCCGAG